UCCGGGGAGAGAGAGAAAGGGAAAGAGAGAGAGAGAGAGCGACGGAGAGCGCAAUGGCGGCGUGCGGCGUGAAUUUCUCAACGAUAACACAGCCAAGGCCUCAGCCUUGCUCCCCUUCUCUGUCCCUCUCCUCCUCCUCAUCCUCUUCCCCUACAAAUUCGCCAAAGUCUCUCAUUUCACAAUUGUCAUUCGUCUCGAAUAAUCCCAACAUCUCCCUCCGUCGUGGCAGAACCCUAGCCCGGUCUCGUCUCAGGGCUCAUAAUUUCAAGGUAAUGGCGUCGGCGACGAAGCCAGAGCCUCUCAAGAUUAUGAUAUCUGGGGCUCCAGCUUCUGGCAAAGGAACCCAGUGUGAGCUCAUCACUCAAAAAUAUGGUCUGGCGCAUGUUUCUGCUGGAGAUUUACUCAGGGCAGAAAUUGCAGCUGGUAGUGAAAAUGGGAGGCGAGCAAAGGAAUUCAUGGAGAAAGGAAAAUUAGUCCCAGACGAGAUAGUUGUCACGAUGGUGAAGGAGCGGCUAUUGCAGUCUGAUUCUCAGGAAAAUGGUUGGCUUUUGGAUGGGUACCCAAGGAGCUUAUCACAAGCAACUGCUCUUAAGGAACUUGGGUUUGAACCAGAUCUUUUCAUUCUCCUAGAAGUUCCUGAAGAUACUCUUGUUGAGAGAGUCGUUGGACGAAGGUUAGAUCCUGUUACUGGGAAGAUAUACCACUUGAAGUAUUCUCCCCCAGAGACUGAAGAAAUUGCUGCAAGGCUUACCCAACGAUUUGAUGAUACCGAAGAAAAGGUAAAGUUGCGGCUGCGCACUCAUCAUCAGAACGUGGAGGCAGUACUUUCAAUGUAUACAGACAUAACAAUUAAGAUCCAUGGAAGCGUUUGCAAGGAGGAAGUGUUUGCCCAAAUUGACGCUGUGCUGGCUGAACUUCUUGAGCAAAGGCAGGCUACUUCAGGAUCUUUGGCGGCAAAAAAGAUGUAGAAGCAUAGGCUCUAUUUGUUAUUGUGUGUUUGGUUUGAAAAAAUGUUAUGACGCGACAUAAAGGUGAACAAUAUUUGUGUUUUUAAGAGUAUUUUAUGUUUGAAUUGUUUGUUAAUGCUUUUGUUUUACAAAGAGGCAGGAAGUAAAAGUUGUAGAAUUUACUUCAAAGGCAUAUUGCCAAUAGAACUUUUCUUUUGUAAACAAUGGGAACCCUGUAUACAACCACCCAAACAUAAACUUGGGCUGCUGUGUGGUUUCUUUUUAGAAUAAUGAUACUUUUUACGCUUAUUUAUUACA